AUGGGUAGCAUCUCCCCCACGAAUUGUCUGGAGUCCGAGGCGCUGCCGCAGACCAAGGGCUAUGGCCUCCAGGGCACGCACGACUACUCGAGACCUGUGAUUUUCGAUCUCGAAGCGCGAGCCCCGAGUAAGACGGUGGACAUUGGCCGCGACGGCACCUCAUUGUCCACGGACCUUGUUGGGCGGGUCUUGCAGCUUGGUGUCUUCCAUCCCAAGCACGGCAUCGUUGUCGCCGUGCCCUUUGAGCAGUUUGAUGGUUCGAGGUUCCACGACCCGGCCUAUGUCCGCGACUAUCGCACCCGGAUGCUCACCUGCCUGCGGGAUAGGACGCCGGGUUUUGGCCUGGACCUAGGCCAGCCCUCGUCCCUCGUCUCCGUCCGGAUGGCAACCUGGAACAGGGCCGUCUUUGAGUUCUCUCUCGGCCGUGGCCUGCAUGUCGUGCAUACGGCGCAGAUCCUGCGGGGCGGUGAGCUGGUGCAGUCGGCCACCGUGACGAAUAGGGGCGCCGAGAGGGAGAAUGUCCGAGCCCGCCUCAACCUCGGGCUCAGCCUCAAUCGAGCGUCGUACGGCCAGCUGACGGAGGGAGGCCCGAUACCCCUGCCCCCGAGCCAGAAUGACCUGGUGCGGACGAAUGGUGGCUGUGGUUUCCGAGUCACUAACCCUUGCCUGGGCGCCCGUCUGGACGGGUUCCUCGAGGUCGAUGGCGUUGCGGUGGCACUAGACGGCCUGGACGAGCAAUUGGUGCGCGAGAGACCUUUGCACGCUACCCAUUUCGAGGCUGUGAGCAUCGCGCCCGGUUGCAGCGCCAGCCUUGUGGCGAGGUACAGGCUGCUGCCCGAGGCACAAAGCGACGAAGCGUGGCUGCCGUUGCCCAUCAAACAAGCCAAGGAUACGGGCCAUGUCGAAUGGAAGCGGGCAGAGACAAUAGGGACGUACAUCAUUCGCAGGAACGUGGAUUACGUUCUCGCCAACUGCGUCGUCCCGAUCUCGGACACAGCAUCGGCUGUCAUCACGGACCACGUUGCGUUGCCCCUGGGUUGGAACCGUGACAAUUACUGGCAAAUCCGACUGCUCUACAAAGUGUACAAGAACCUGCCCAGUCUGGUCAAUCCGCCCGCGGCCGAGAUGUACAGGCAGCAUGUCGCACAGGCGACCAAGGCGCACCUCAGGUGGGUGUUUGUGGAGGCCCAGCGGCCCCACGGAUUCUGGCACAGAUCGUACCUGGUCACCGGCCUGCCCAAAGACGGACUAGUUUUCCAGCUGGACCAGCAGUGCUACCCGAUACUGGAGUUGUGCGACUUUCUCGAGUGCUUCCCGCACGAGAGCGGGUUUGUGCUGGAGGUUGUCGAGGGUGGCGCGCUGGCCGAGGUCCUCGGCCUUGUCAGCUCGAAGCAGGAUCCUGGAUGCGAGCUCUGGCCGACGGACGAGACGCCGGGCGACGACGCCGUGGUGUACCCCUUCCACUUCUCCAGUCAUGUCUUGCUGUGGCACACCCUGUCAAGACUGCGAGGCCUCUUGUCCCAGCUUGGCGUCGGCGCGCUGGACGAGAUGACGGGGGGUCUGGACCUGGACCUGGACCUGGACGACCUCAUCAAGAGCCUCCGGGAGAGGACCAUGGAGCAUUUCACGGCGAUCCACCCCGGAUCCGGGCUGCGCAUGUUCGCCUAUCUCACGGAUGGCGGCGGCCGGCACACAUUCUACCACGACGGCAACGACGUGCCGACUCUCCUGGCGCAGGACUGGGGCUUCGUCGUGAACGGGGAAGAGACGGAACUUUGGCGGAACACGAUGGAGUUUGGCCUCUCGCCGGCGAACGAGACCGGGUACUGCAGCAAGGGCCCGUACCACGGGCUGGGAAGCGUGCAUACGACGGGCACGUGGACUCUGGGCCUCUUUCACGAGGCGGCCUACGCGGCGGCGCAGGGCGAUGCGGACAGGCUCGCGGAUGUGUGGCGCCGCAUAGCCGGGGCAAUGCAGUGGGACGGGACGUUCUCAGAGGCCAUUGACCACGAGACGGCCGUGUGUUCGAGCAAGGCGUGGUUCAGCUGGCCGGGGUCCAUGAUCGGGGCGUGGGUUGUAGAUAUGAGGGCGACAGACGCGUCCUGCUUGUACUAA